GGAACCAACGUGAUCUAGCAAGGGAGAAGGCAGCUAAAAAGGAAAAAGGAAAGACCAAGGCUGCAAAUGAACAAGAGGCAAAUAAAGGGCUGUCAAGGGAACAAAGGAUGGAGAGAGACGCUCAAAUAAUGCGGGAGAAGCAGGCGAAGAAAGCAGCUGAUGCAGCUGCAGCUGCCAAAGCCUAAUGUAGCAGCGCUGUCAUCUGUCAUCUGUUAGCUAUUUGACUGGAAUGAAUUUUUUGUAUAAUUUCUAACUUUCUGCCCCUCCCCCAAUUAAUCCAGCAAAUUCAAAUUUUUUUUACUAAUUUUCUACUUUUCCCUAUACUUGCCUUUAAAACCAAUAUUUUUGGUAUUUUAU